AAGCAAGAAGCUCCUCAUAUUCUUCUAGAGCCAUGACACUGGGAAGACCCUCAUUUUCUUCAUUCUUGUUCCUUUGUUCCCAUGUUCUGCUGGCUGCAUUCCACACUACCUGCGAUGCAGCCCAGAGCUCACACCCAGUUCUACAGGUAAACUGCUCGACGUCGGGCAACUACACCUCUACCAGCACCUAUGCCGCCAACCUGAACCAGUUCCUCGCCGCGCUCCCCGAGAAGGCCGUCCCCAAGAAUGGCGGUUUCUUCAACGGCACGGUUGGGGAGGGCCCAGACACUGUUUAUGGCCUCGCAAUGUGCUCCGCGGACUACUCACGUUCUGACUGCGGUGACUGCCUUGCAGCCACAGCUAGCAGCGACGCUAAUGGUCUGCCGAACCUCUGCCCUGGGAGCACCACUGUGCUCGCCUGGUUCGAGCCGUGCCUCGUCCGCUACUCUGACACCAACUUCUUUGGCACAGCUGAGAUAGGUUCAAUCUACACAUCGGAUGGUCCAAGCGCAGGUGCUGCGGGGUUGCAGUACAGCAAGGACGUGCAGAGAAACUUGAAGGAGGCGACAGGGGGCGCGGUGGCCUCGCCGCAGAGAUUCGGAGCGUCUUCGACAGAUCCAUACACGUUGGUGCAGUGCACGUGGGAUCUGUCGCCGGACCGGUGCAAGCAGUGCCUGGACGUGCUGUCGGCCAAUGCCUCCGGGGAGUGGACUUCCAUGACAGUGUAUGGCCAGCGUAGGAGCUAUAGCUGUGCUGUUAGGUACAGCAACAGCAGCUUCAUGGUUGUGCCGUUGGGUGGUGCGGCUGUUGCCCCUACACCGCAAUCUGUUGAGCAAGCUACCACAUCAGCUACUCAGUCGAGCGGGGCCACGGGCAAAGGUUCUCUGACAAUUGGCGUGGUGGGAUCUGUACUGGGUGUAAUUCUUCUGGCUUGUUUAGCAGGUUUGAUUUGGUAUGUGCGAUAUGGACGGAACCAGCCUAACACAAUAGGGCGUGCUGAAAAGUUCACUUACCAGCGAUUGGCAGCUGCGACGCGUGACUUCGCAGUGGACCGAAAGCUUGGAGAGGGUGCCUUUGGCGCCGUCUACAAAGGCACACUGAUGCUGCGAGGAAGAGAAGUGGACGUGGCUAUAAAAAAGAAUGCGCAUACUACGUCAGAUCAAGCAAAGGCUGCCUUUUAUAAAGAGGUUGAAAUUAUGAGCCCACUGAGCCAUCGCAACAUCAUACGUCUUGUGGGCUGGUGCGACGAAAGGAACAGUCUCCUGCUUGUCUACGAACUAGUGGAUGAUCGCAACCUUCAGGCUCGUCUUUAUGGCCAUGGUGCUCGUGUGGAUGCGGAACUUUCCGGUGCAAGGGCUCCGGGUUCAGCUCUUGAUCUAGAUUGGCACAAAAGGUACAACAUACUGCAUGGAAUAGCCUCAGGUCUUGAGUACCUCCAUAAUAAUUGUGCAAAGGCCGUCAUGCAUAGAGACAUCAAGCCAGGUAAUGUAAUGUUGGAUAGGGACUCCAAUGCUAAACUGUGUGACUUCGGGCUGGUGACACAACUCACCCACGCCAUAACCUCGCGCUCAACAAACAACGUCAUUGGAACACAAGGCUACAUGGACCCAGCAUACCAAAGCACCGGCCAGGUAACAAAGGGUUCUGACGUCUACAGCUUUGGCGUGCUGUUGCUUGAGGUUGUAUGUGGCGUGGCGCCAAACCUGAUUGGAAGUCCGCCAAAAAACAGCCUCAUCGAGAAGGUCCGGGAGUGCUGUGAGAGAAAUGCAAUUCUUGACGCAGCCGACCAACGGCUGAGGGGUAAUUUUGAUGAGGAAAUUAAAGGAGUGUUGUUGAUCGGGCUGCGUUGUGUGGAAACAAGCCGUGGUGACCGUCCAAGUAUACAAAUUGUGUUGGCUGAUCUAGUAAGCAUUGCGGCUAAAUCAACUUCACAUAACCGUCGUACAAGCGCAGUGGUGGGUGCUGAGGUGUGAGUCUUGACACAUGCAGUUGAAGAUACUCGUAGGGCGGCCCUCCUGAAGCCCUGCACAAUGUGUACAACGACAAAGUUCAUCAGUGAAGCUAUUUUUCUGUUAUUGUUAACCAUAUGUUGUUUAUCUCAUGAUCCAAUAAAGCUUGUUGCCAUGGUCA